GUCUGUGUCGGUGACAGUGGUAACAGAGACGUUUCUCCUCGAACGAAUUAUGAAGCGAUCAACAGGCUUAUUUAUAUUACUGUCUCUAUUGGGACUAUCCACUCAGCGGUCUACCCCAGAAGAUGACAGCUACAUUGCGGCCGUUGUAGAAUACCAGGUGCACGCAGAUCAGGCAGUCAACUUACAAAAUUACGUCAGACUGAUUCAAGAUGCUACUCAACAGAGUGCAGAUAUCGUUGUAUUUCCUGAAAUGACGCUCACGCGCGGCAGAAGUGUGGUCGUGCCUGUGAAUAGUACACUUAAGGAAUAUCCUGUUCCAGCCUUAUACCCUGACUUAUAUGACGAGAUUCUGGUAACCAUAUCAUCAGCAGCGAGACAGAACGAAAUCUACGUUGUGGUCAACAUUGAGGAGUAUGUCAAUUGCGUUACAAAUCCCGACGACGAAUACUGUCCGCAGUCAAAUGUGUAUUUGUUUAACACAAACGUGGUCUUUGAUAGAAAUGGAGCGAUUAUUGACAGAUAUCGUAAGAUAAAUCUAUUCGGUGAGUUCACUCGGACGCCUGCGUUGACGCCGGAUUUGGGAGUAUUCGAAACAGAUUUCGGUGUGACUUUCGGCCACUACAUCUGUUUCGACCUGAUGUUCCAAGUGCCGGCCGUGCAGGUCGUCCAGCAACGAAACAUCACCGACAUUGUAUUCACAACUAUGUGGUUCUCUGAAAUGCCUUAUUUAACUGCUGUCGAGAUCCAACAAGCUUAUGCUCAAUCAAUGAAUGUAAAUUUCCUCGCCGCCGGAGCCAACAAUGUGAGAGUGGGCAGUGCAGGAUCAGGAAUUUAUUCAGGAUCAGCUGGGUCCUUGAUAAGCAUUAUGCCAGGACAACCAACCACAAGACUGCUAGUCGCUAAAGUACCAAAAGUGCCUGGACUGAUACAGCCUCAAGACACGUACCCGGGUCCUAUCUACGACGACCCCACUGUCUCAGACAAUUUAGUAUUGAUCACUGACCCAUCCCUACCAUCUCACGUGACCAGACUGUUGAGGAAUGGCUCUCAAGAGUUUAUGCUAAUUGAUAGAGAUGUUUCGUGUUACUUCCGCGUGAACUUGUUCCAAAGAGAAGGAUCAACGAACUACAGGUACAGAGCAGCGGCUUUCAGUGGUGUUCGUUCAUUUUCUGGCGUGGCGACUGGCGGUAACAGAAUCUGUGCCGUGAUAGCAUGCACCGGAGAAACUAUUGACACAUGCGGAAGACGAUUCGACAACUACACAUCGAAUAAUACAGGAGUUUUUGAGGAGCUCCAUAUCACUGCAACUUUACCAACGCCGCAUAAAGACGUCGAACUUGAAGCAGAUAGAGCAGCUUACUUCCCAGUCACAUUAAAUACCGCUAUAAUGCCACUGCGAUCAGAAGACUAUUCCUUUCAACGAAUGUCUGUAUUCAACAUUAUAUCAAUUUAUGAUUUCCUGUUGACGAAUGCAAAUGUCGAAUUAUACAGUUUCGCUAUUUGGGGUAGGGAAUAUACAACAGAUGAUCAGUUGGCGUCACCAUCGAGUAACCAACAAGAUAGCGCUGAAACUACGACAACAACGACUGCUGUCCCGACAACCUCGCAACCAGGAUCAUCAGCUAGUCAUAAAAUUAGUAUUACCUUGUUUAUAGGGAGUAUAGUUAUCUACUUAAGAUAGUUAAUUAUGAUUGGGUAUAAUCAUAAAUUAAAGUGUCAUAAUUAUUUGAUCAUUGAUUGUAUUAGUGGAAAAGGGAGAUAAGUAAAAUAAAAUUGAUAAAAGAAAUAGAACAAUCA